CUUGUUUGUAUGUGCCGCCUUGAUCCUGUAUAUAAAGUUGGGAGAGAAACACGAGCGGAGUUGAGAAUCAAGAUCUGAAAAGUUACCACUUUCUUCAUUCUCUCUUACUUUCAUUUUUAGAUUAAUGCAUAUUCUGUUUAGAUCUUUGGAAACAUUCCUCUCGUUUUCAGCCAUUGUUUUCGCAGGUUACCAAGUUUCGAUUUUUAUUUUCUGAAACCAUUGUUAUACUAUUCCGACAUUCCCCUUUUGAGUUAGUAAGAGAGUCAAUCAAGAGACCCUUUUGUAGCCGAACGAGUGUGUCCAUUAAAAGUUUGGUCCUUGAUGCAUGAUUGAAUUGUUCUAUUGAUUUGCAAGUCAAAAGGUCUUGGCUUUUUAAGAGAAUAUUGCUUUUUACUAAGAUUAUGGUGUGACUGCAUUCAAAUUAAAGAACCUACAAGGCCCUGUGUGCUUUUUGUUUCAGAAAUCUCUUCCCUUUUCAGCAUUGUUGCCAAUUUCUUCAUCUUCUUCUCAUGGCUCAUUUGUUAGGCUAUGAUCCUUGUUCCCGUUUCAGUAGGGCCUUUCCCCAUUACCCUUCUGGCUCUUCCUACGAGGGUAAUAGACACGUUGGAUUCACUCUUAAAGCAUGCUUUGAUGCCAAUGGUGGUGACAAUGCUAAUAGGCUCUUUGUGAAGGAAAAGAAAAAGCCCUUUGGUUUUACAUGUGUUCCUCUCCCCCCCUUGUUAGGUGAUUUAGAGAAGGGUAAUUCUGUCAGAGAUGAUGGUCGUGAUGCCUCUCGUAUUGAUGUUGAAGAUAAAUCUUUGGGGGGAAGUCCCACCAAACCCUUUUGUUUCCCUGAUCAACAAUUGCCCCAGAAACUUGUUGUUGCUGUUGAUGUUGAUGAAGUAUUAGGAAACUUUGUGUCAGCUCUGAACGAGUUCAUAGCGGAUAGAUACUCAUCACAUCAUUCAGUUUCCGAGUAUCAUGUGUAUGAGUUCUUCAAGAUAUGGAACUGUUCACGUGAUGAAGCUAAUACCCGUGUUCACGAGUUUUUUGAGACACCAUACUUCAAGUUAGGGAUACAGCCUAUCCCGGGUGCUCAGAUGGCCCUGCAGAACUUAUCAAGAUUUUGUAACCUAUCAGUUGUAACAUCCCGACAAAAUGUUAUCAAGGAUCACACACUUGAGUGGAUAGAGAAGCAUUUUUCAGGAUUGUUUCAGGAAAUUCACUUUGGAAACCACUUUGCUCUGGAUGGGGUGUCAAGACCAAAGUCAGAGAUUUGUAGGUCUUUGAAUGCUAAGGUUCUUAUUGAUGAUAACCCAAGAUAUGCCACAGAGUGCGCUGAAGCUGGAAUUAGAGUCCUACUUUUUGAUUAUGAAAACUCGUACCCAUGGUCCAAGACUGAGUCUGAUUAUCAACAUCCCCUGGUGACCAGAGUAAUAAACUGGGAAGAAGUUGAACAACAAUUGAUGUCACUGAUAGCUUCUAGUUAAUAUAACCUUGCAACAAGGAUUUGUAAAAAGCACUCCUUUUAGGUGACGUAGUGGACUAGUUCUUAUGCCUGAAAUAUUUAAUGAAGAAAUGAAAAAUGUAAAGUAGCUGCAAGGAUUUAUUGGAAGUUGAAAAAAUAUAAAUGACCCAUUUUAUAUAUAUAUUUUUUCUUUUUCCCGAUUUGAGCAAUAACAAACAGAAGUU